GUCAUUUCCGCCAUUAAAAACCGCCCGGCAUCGGCUCCCGAACAGUCACACCAGGUACCGUUCUGUCAUCCGCUGCCCUUGUCACACCUGCUUCCUCGCCUGCAACUCGCACCACAGUCACCUGCAGGAUGAUACGCACAGUCCCGACGGCCUCCCCUAUAAGGAUGGGGAGCCGCCAAGCCCGGUGCCUCUGGACCGCACUGGGCGCGAGCAACGGGAGGCCAGCAACAAUGGGCACAUUUACCCCCCCGCGUGAAUUCCACAGCCCGCAUGGGUGGACGAGGAUGUACUCGAGCGGGAGGAGGUACGAGACGGUGGUCGUUGGUGCAGGCCCGGGCGGCAUCGGGGCUGUCGGAAACCUCCUCGAGGCGAACAAGGGCCCGAUCUUGUGGGCCGACGAGGCGUUUGACGGGGGCCGGCUCAACAAGCACUACCGCGAGGUCCCUUCAAACACCAAGGUCAAGUUCUUCACCAGGUAUGCCGAGGGGGUCGAGGUGUUCAGGGACAUCGCCAAGGAGACCCCUGAGCCCAACGCGAUGAGCCACCUCCUCGGCCUGGACGCAGAGAAGACAUGUCACAUAGCACAGGCGGCGGACCUGUGUCUCAUGUUGACGGACGGGCUGGACGAGCAGAGGGGCGUCACGAAGCACCAGGGGAGGGUCACCGAUGCGGCGUGGUCAGGCUCGACCUGGAGCGUCUCGAUUGCUCGGCCGGGCGGCACGCCCACGCAGGUCGACGCCAGCAGGCUCGUCCUGUGCACCGGCUCCUCGCCGACCAGCGGCCCCCUGCCCGUCAGCCACCUGCAGCACGUCCACCUCGACACCGCCCUCUCGCCCACGCUCCUCUCCAGGACCCUCCCCACCGACCAGCCCGUGCAGAUCGGCGUCAUCGGCGCCUCCCACUCCGCCAUCCUCGUCCUGCGCAACCUGUCGCGCCUGGCGUCCGGCACCCACCCGCGGCUGCGCAUCAAGUGGUUCACGCGCCACCCGCUGCGGUACGCCGAGGAGCGCGACGGCUGGAUCCUGCGCGACAACACGGGGCUCAAGGGCGAGGUUGCGACCUGGGCGCGCGAGAACCUCGAGGAGGGCGUGCUGGCCUCGUCGUCCGUGUCUGGCCACCUCGUCAAGGUCGCGACCAGCCACGGCAGCGAGGCCGAGACGUACGCGCGCGAGCUCGCGGGCUGCACGCACGUCUGCCAGGCCAUCGGGUACAAGCCCGACCCGCUGCCGGAGCUGAGGGUCGACGGGAGGACGGUCGCCCCCCGGUUUGACAACGCCACCGGCGCCUUUGUCGAUGCCGCGUCCGGGGGGAGGAUCCCGGGGCUCUUUGGCGCCGGCAUCGCGUUUCCGCAGCGGGUGGUCGACCCGGAGGGGAAUGUUGAGUACGCGGUGGGGCUUUUUAAGUUUAUGAAUUUUCUAAAGAAGGUGGUGCCGGGGUGGUAGGUAAGGG